GUCACGUGGCCCGGCAUGGCCGGCCGGGAGGGCGCGGGCGCCGCCCAGCGGCGGCGGAGGCGGAAGGAGGAGGACCCCGAGGUGCGGCUGUCCAAGGCCCUGAGCUACGUCCUGCGCCAUGGGGCCGAGGCCGAGGGGCUGCCCAUGGGCCCGGACGGAUUUGUUGAGGUGGGGGCUCUGCUGCGGCUGCGGCGCUUCGCGGGGGUCUCCGAGGGUGACGUGCGCAGGGUGGUGGCCGCUGACCCCAAGGGUCGCUUCGCCCUCCGGCCGGACCCCCUGAGGGUCAGAGCCAACCAGGGGCACUCCCUGCCGGUGCCGGAUCUGGAGCUGACCCCCCUGUGCACCCCCGAGGCGCUGCCCCCCACCCUGGCCCACGGCACCCGGCGCCGCCUGUGGGGCCCGAUCCGGGCGGGGGGGCUGCGCCCCAUGGGGCGGCAACACCUGCACCUGGGGGGGCUGCCGGGGGACCCCGGCGUGCGCAGCGGGAUGAGGUCGGACUCGGAGAUCGCCAUCAUCAUCGACGGCCCGCGCGCGCUGGCGGACGGGAUCCCCUUUUUCUGCUCGGCCAACGGGGUGAUCCUGACGCCGGGGGACGCCCAGGGCCGGAUCCCCCCCAAAUAUUUCCUGCGGGUUCUGCAGCUGCGGCCGCACCGGUGUGAGCUGCCCCUGGACGGACCCUGGGAUGAAAAGGGGGGAGAGACCCCCGGAUGAGGAUUGGGGGGGGUCUCUGAGCUCCCCAGGUCCCACAGACUCAAAUAAAGCCCCCCCUAAACACCA